AUGCAUGGCGGUUCUUUAGUGAUGCUAAACUAUCUAAGGUCAAAAUACUGGAUCUUACGAGCUAAAGAUCUAACAAAGAAAUUAUACCGUGAGUGUAUUACCUGCAUUAGGUACUCCAAAAAGAAUACCACGCAGCUAAUGGGUCAGUUACCUGACGUGAGGGUAAAAGCCGAUAGGGCUUUUAAAUCAUCUGGUGUGGACUACGCAGGCCCCAUCAACAUUCGUUUCUCGCCAGGCAGAGGAGCUAAAUCGUACAAGGGAUACAUAUGUUUGUUUAUCUGUAUGGUAACGCGGGCCAUACACUUAGAAGCUGUUACAGACUUGACUGCUAAGGCAUUCAUUGCGGCUUUCCGUCGCUUCACGUCGAGAAGAGGUCAUUGUCAAGAUGUUUACAGUGAUAACGGCACCAAUUUCGUGGGUGCAGAUAGACAACUGAGGGACAUGUUCAACAGUGCCAAGUCUUCCAUUCCUG